CAAAGUCAAAGUCGACUGCGUGUCCGUACUCCCCAGUAUGGCAUCAUCGUGAGUUCUGCGCCCUUUUAAUCAUCUCCUCCUUUGACGAGGCGAAUCAACGACUGGUAGAGUUGGUUCUGCAUAUGAGAUGACGUCAGUGGUAGUUGCGGUAAACGGCGGCGAAGGAGUCGGUGGAAGGGGAAGCCGACGAGCCGUUAAGUGGGCGGUCGAAAAUUUAUUCCCCAAAACCCAUCGGUUCAUCUUAGUCCACGUCAUUCCCGCCAUCACGUUUAUACCCACUCCAUCUGGAGACCGUAUCCCCAUUGAAGAACUAGACGAGAAUGUGGUGGCAAUGUACGUGCAGGAGGUGAAAUUGAAGUUUGAUGAAAUCUUUGUGCCCUUUAAAAAGCUAUGCAAGGCACAAAAGGUGGAAACUUUGGUGCUAGAGCAUGACAAUCCCGCGACUGCGCUUUUAAACUAUGUAUCACAAUCGGGGAUUGACAUUUUAGUGUUGGGUUCUUGGUCUCCCAAUUGUAUAAUCAGGAAGCUGAAGGGACCAGGUAUACCAAAAACUGUGCUGAAUGGUGCUCCAGAAACAUGCAAUGUUCACAUUGUAUCUAAGCGCAAAAUCUUCACAAAGUCAACGUAUUCCUCUUCCAUUAGCGAGACCAGCUUUAGGCACAGGAUGUCUAAUAGAAGAGAUUAUAAGAAAAGUUCCAGCAGCAUCAAUAAUUUAAUUUCUGAGCCUGAGCUUUAUUCUUCCAUUGUGGAAUCCAAAGUUCAGAAGUCCUUUGAAGCAUCAUCCGUGUCUCACUUUAGUGUGCAAGGCUCUCAAGGUUCAACAAAAACUGAAUCGUCAUAUGUGCAGGCUGAAAUAGAACAACUACGGCUAGAAUUACAAAAUACCAUUACCUUGUAUAAACGAGCUUGUGAAGAGCUGGUCCAUACUCAGAGCCAGGUCGAAUUAGUUUCUUCUGAGUGUGUCAAGGACGCUAGAAGAGUGAAUGCUGCCCUGGAAAGAGAAGAAAUAUUGAGGAAAAUUGCUGUUGAAGAGAAAGCAAGGUAUUUGCAAGCCAAGAAAGAGAUAGAGGAGGCUAAAAAUUUGUUUGCUAAAGAAGCUUAUGAAAGGCAGAUGGCUGAGCUCAGGGCCGAUAAAGAGUCCUCUGAGAAACGGAGAAUUGUUGAUGCACUUUUCAUGAGUGAUAGGAGGUACAAAAAGUACACUAGGGAUGAAGUAGAGUUGGCAACAAAUUUCUUUUCUGAGAGUAAUGUGAUUGGUGAAGGAGGGUAUGGGAAAGUAUAUAAAUGCAAUCUUGAUCAUACCCCAGUAGCAGUUAAGGUUCUCAGGUCUGAUGCAGUUAACAAGAAAGAGGAAUUCUUAAGAGAGGUUGAAGUUCUAAGCCAACUACAUCAUCCGCACUUAGUUUUGCUGCUUGGAGCUUGCCCUGAGAGUGGUUGUCUGGUCUAUGAAUACUUGGAAAAUGGAAGCCUGGAGGAGUGUAUCUUCCACGGAAAUGAAAAACCACCUCUUCCUUGGUUUGUUCGGUUCCGGAUAGUUUUUGAAGUGGCUUGUGCACUCGCAUUCUUACAUAACUCAAAGCCAGAGCCUGUUGUCCAUCGGGAUCUAAAACCGGGUAAUAUAUUGUUGGACAGGAAUUAUGUGAGCAAAAUUGGAGAUGUUGGGCUGGCCAAGCUCAUUACAGAUAUUGUUCCUGACAACAUCACGGAGUAUAAAGAAUCUAUUCUUGCUGGUACUCUGUGCUACAUGGAUCCUGAGUACCAGAGAACUGGAACUGUUAGACCAAAAUCAGAUCUAUAUGCCUUUGGCAUUAUAAUUCUCCAAUUAUUAACAGCUCAUCAUCCAAGUGGACUUGUGUUAACUGUUGAAAAUGCCUUCAGAAAAGGCUGCUUUGCGGACAUUCUAGAUACAUCAGUUGCAGAUUGGCCACUUGCUGAAACAGAGGAAUUAGCUAAAAUUGCAUUGCAGUGCUCAAAACUUAGAUGCAGGGACAGACCUGAUCUUGAUACUGAAGUUCUACCAGUUCUUAGAAGGCUUGCAGGUGUAGCAGCUGCUAGUGUAAAGUUGGAAGGACCCAAUACCUACGCACCAAGCCACUACUUCUGUCCAAUUCUUCAGGAAAUAAUGGAUGAUCCAUACAUUGCUUCUGAUGGUUUCACAUACGAGCAUAGAGCUAUUAAGGCGUGGCUUCAGAGGCACAGUGUGUCACCAGUGACAAAGCUUAGGCUUCAGAAUUCUAUGUUAACCCCAAACCACACAUUACGUUCAGCCUUACAGGAGUGGAGGUCACGUUUACAUUUUCAAGAACCUUAAAAGAUAUUUGAAUUAUGGGCUUAAUGCUCAACUUCACCCCUGAAUUUUUAUUGGGAUGUUCAAUUUAGUUUAUUUUUAACA